AUGGCACCUGUGAUCGAGAAGAUGAGCAGGCAGUACCCCAAGAUACCAGUCUACAAGGUCGACAUCGACAUGGAGGGACUUGGGACCAGACUUAGUAACCUGAAAAUAUUCUCUGUCCCAACUUUCCACUUCUAUCACAAAGGCGAGAAGAGCAGCGAAGUGGUUGGUGCUGACGUGAAGAAGCUUGAAGCUGCCAUGGAAAGUCUUCACAAUGCUGUUUGA